CUAUCAUAUCACAUUAUGAAUGAAAGUACAUUCACAUAUGCCUGGAAUGAGGAAGUUUGUUCAGUACUGGCAUCUCUGAUUUUCAGACAAGCUCAAAGCCAGGAUGGAGGUGUUUGGGGAUUCAGUUGAGGCUCCUCUGGACCAGCCCUGGGUUCCUUUAGAUAUCGCAGACACCCCCUUCCUGGCCAAGGUCCACUUCGGGGACACGGCCUACCAGCUGCUGCUCUCGGACCUGCACUCUGUGUGGCACGAGGAGGCUGACGCCAAGACCAUUGGGGAGCGGUCCCAGGAGCUGAACAGACGCCUGAAAGCUCCGGUGUCGUCCUUCUUUCGUCAGCUGUGUGUCGUGGCUCGUCCAAAGCUAGAGGUGGGAGUGAGCGAGGACUCCAAGGCCGUGUUCUCCUACGAGCGCACCCCGGAGCGGCUGUCUCUGCGUGUGAAGAGCGAGCUGGCUGGAGUACCCUUCUACUGGGAGUUCCGCUGCACCCCCGCCACCGUCACAAUAGUGUGUCGGCACCUAGUGCACCCUCUUCUGACGAUGUGCCAGGUACUGCAGCGGCAGACCCAGGAUCUGAUGGGCUUGCUGGGGAGGAAGGAUGCUGAGAUUCAGGAUUACCAGGAGAACGGGGCCACGCUAAGUCGAGGUGGGGCUGGAGAUUGUUCGCGCGCACACACACAGCUGAUCCCAUCACUACUCCUUUCAGGUCGUUUGGAAACGGCUGUGUUCAGGGAGCAGGACUUCAAGAAGCUGUUUCUGUCUGAGAGACUGCCUGAGGUGUGUGCUGUGCAGGCCUGCAGAGGAUUCAGCAGAGAGAUCCAGGAGCUGUACACAGCAGUAACAACGCUCGGGUGUCACCGCAAGCGCAAGCACCCAGGAGGGGAGAGUGCAAGCGUCGUUCCCAACCAGGAACUGAAUUGCCCCUCUCCAGCCGUCGUAGAAGGAAAACAGGAAAGGGAAGUGAUCUCUUUUGCUGUAACCAAGGCCAGACAGGAGGAAGAUACCGUGCCGCCCACCCUUGAAGCAGCAUCUCCGUGCCCCGUUCCCCCUGAGCGCCCCUCCACCAGACCCAAGAAGAAAAAAGCCAAGGGGCUGUUCCGCUGAGGCCCCCCUGCAGCAACAACGUUGGCUUUCAGCAGUCGCUGUGCGGCCUUGUGGUUUCCUUUGGCAAAACUGUUCUUACCAAGAGUGGAGACUUUUUAAAUCUACACGGACAGGUGGUGCUUUUGCAUUGCCUUUUAAAAUAAUGUCACCUCUCUGGGAUUGUUAAGGACCCGUUUUACAGAACUCCGGGUGCCUGUCGGCCCCCACCAAAUCAUUUUAAUGUAUUUUAUGGUAGAGCUGUGAUGGCUCAUAGGGUUGCUUUUUUAAAUAUGCUUUUAAUAAACUGUAACAUUUUACCCAAACUGGCUCUCCAAAUUUAGUUGUAGGAUUGUACUCCUUUCUGAUUUGCUCUGUGCCUGUCUGUCUUGAGGAGAGACAUUUUCAUCAGCACCAUGAAACCCAUGUUAAACUCAGUCUCUGCAAUCUACAAUCCAGCCUGAAACUUGACAGUACACAAAGGCCAAAUAUAUUUCCUGAUCAUGAAAAUGAUUCACUGUCCUGAUAGCAUGACACAGGCUGUCAAGCAGGCAAUGAGGAAUCACACAAUGCAAAAAAGAUUGGACUUUUAAACACAGUACAAUUUAUCUUAAGUUUACAUAAUUUAACAAUUUCCAUUUAACCUUAUUUUCCCAACAUUGAUGUUCUGGUUUAUCCAGCUAUAAAAGGCAACUGUGAUUUGUUAUUUAAGAGCCAGUAUCCCUCCAAUAUAAGUUAUAGCAAUUCAGUCGUUUUCCUGUGUUUCUGAUUUCACCUGAAUCCCCGGCGAAAACAGGUUCAUUUCUCAGCCAUGACAUGAACCUGCGCUCCCUUGACUGUAGGACUCACCCUGCACACCACACGGUUGUGCCUUUACCAGGUGAGCCACUCGGGGACCGUUGUUUCACUUUCACAGUUCUAAGAUAUCAGGUUACUACCAUUGCUUCAAAGUGGCUAUUAAAUGAAGAUUAUUUUAUACCAAA